AUGCUGCCUUACCUGUUCCCUGAGCUGUCCACCUUUGCUACAGUCGCCGAUCUUAUCACCCACCUUCGCACUAGUGACGCUCGCCUGCGUGCCGCCCUUCCCACCGAGUUCUGCGCUAAGAACCCCCCUCCACUGUACUGGACACUCCACUUUAUAGUCACCCGUCUCCCUGACACCCUUAGCUCAGUGCGCGACUAUUUCCUUGCUCGCUGUCCCACUGAGCUCACUGUCGCCCUCCUAGAGGAGAAACUGCUAGCAGCCGAGAAGAGCAUUGUAGCUGUAGGUGCUGCUCGUGGCGCUCCUCGCACCCCCAUCUUUGAGGGGUGUUCUCCCUCUCCCCUCGCUCCCUCCUACGCUACUGCUGCUGCUGUUGACUUCCUUGGUGCUGAGUCUGCUGGCGCUGCUUCUGCUCCUGGAGGUGGGGGAGGUGGGGGGGGAGGCGGUGCUGGAGGGAGCGGUGGCGGGAGUGCUGGUGGGAGUGGGGUCGGCAGCGGAGGCGGGGGCGGCGGAGGGAGCGGUAGCGGUGGCGGUGGCGGCGGCGGCGGUGGCGGUGGCGGCGGCGGCGGUGGCGGUGGCGGCGGUGGCGGUCGGAGCGGAGGUAGUGGUGGCGGCGGAGGUCGGAGUGGAGGCACUGGCUCGGGCCAGAGCUCCCACCAGCAGCAGCGUCCCCAGACGACCCAGCAGCUUCGUGAGUGGCUUGCUCAGCGUGGGACGUCGGGGGGCAGUGGCCGCUGUUCCUAUGUCAUUCGCACAGGUGACCGCAAGGGACAGACGUGUGGGAGGUUCCACACCCCGUACCGCUGCUUCUCCCGCCUUGACGACGCUUGGCGUGAGGAGAUGGGCGAGGAUGUUGAGCGCCCCCGCUGGGCUGAGCUGAUGAGGGCUGGUGUUGAUAUCUUUGCUCUUGACUACGAUGCUAUUAUUGCUGCCAUGUAUGCAUUGACUGUUAGUGCCGAGGGAGACUGUUACUUGUGUGUGCGGCCUGACUGUAUGCAUUGA